UUUUUUACACUACAGUGCGAUUUUGCAAUCAGGAAUCAUCAUUCUAAUUACCAACUUAGCAGCGGCGCCAUCUUGAAUCCUACUGGUUUCUUGCUAGAACUAGAGCUCGUACGCAAACGAUAUGUGACGUCAAAAAUACGGGUGUUCUGGAUACGAGAGUUUUUAUUUUUAGUGGCGUCGUAUGUGGACAGUUGCCGUUGACGCUGCUUGAGGAAUAUCUGCGAACAUUGCGAGAUCAAAUUUAAAUCUUCGAGGACGGAGAAGCCCGCGAACUGCAGCGUUUGACGGAUCACUUCAGGAAGUUGACGGACCAGGAAGUUGAUUAAAGUUUGUUCCGUGCCUCCUGGUCCAGUGACGGUCUCUGAAAAUAACACUGCCGACCUGCAGGUGGUGCAGAUCAGCUCGGGCAACGAUGUGACGCUCACAGUCAAGGUAAACCCUGAGGAUCUGUUCUACCUGAAGGGAAUUGCUCUGAUGGUGAAGAAGGGGCUCGACUACGAGUCAUUGCCCAGUCCACUUCUGGUGGUGUGGGUGCAGUGCAGCAAAAGUAGCUACAGAUCUGUCAAUGUGUCUGUUGAGGUACUGGUCGACAAUGUGAACGACAACCCUCCUAACUUUGCUCAAAACCACUACGUGCUGGAGGUCAACGAGCUCACACCGGUCAACACCACUGUUGGACUGAUUGAAGCAACGGAUGUAGACUCCACACCUCUGUAUUAUCGUCUCGAGUCGACCACAGAUAAAUAUUUUCAGUUGGAGAAGCCCACCAAUCCAAAGAUUGUCGUAAAGAACCUCCUAGACUUCGAUGUGGUUCAGAAGAUCUCCCUGGUUUUACAUGUCCAGGAUACGUUCAAUGGUUCCGCCUCCAAUGACCCUUUCUUCACGUCAGUGGCCACCAUCACUGUCGUGGUAAAGGACGUUGACAACCGGCCUCCGUGGUUUCAGCCGUGUUUGAGGACCAAUUUAGGAAAUGCCAAACUGUGUGUGAGCACUGGCUACAAAACUAAAGUCAACUUGACAGAGAAGGAGGAGGGGGCGUUAGUGCUGGAGCCUGGACCUGUGUUUGCCAGGGAUGGAGACAGAAACAGAAGCGAAAUCAUCAACUACAGAAUACUGCGAGGAAAUGAGGGAAACAUUUUCCAGAUUGAUGAAGAAACAGGGAACGUCACCAUGACCAAAGCUGCCGAUAUUAUCGGCCCAAUAACUCUAACCAUCCUGGCGUUUCAGGUGACGAACAAAGACCAGUUUGCUGUAACACAGUUGACCAUUGACGUGAUGAAGAGGAGCAGGAACCCUCCACGGUUUGAGAAAGAACGAUAUGAAGCAUUCAUUUACAGCAACUCUGUCCCUGAGAGCAUGAUCCUCCGAGACCGGAGCACAAACCGGCCCUUCAGAGUCAGGGCCAGGGACGAGGACUUUGGCAGUGGUGUGAAUCCAGAUGUGAAGUACGAGGUUCAGUACAGCAGCUACGUCAAUGUGACCUCAGAUGGUUUCAUGAUCCUGAAGAGAGUCGUGAAAACCGAGUCCUUCGCAUUGCAGCUCAGAGCAGUAGACACCGUUACAGGGGAGUAUGGCUCGGCUGCUGUCUCUGUACAAGUCAUACCUGCCAUGGCCAUCCCAUCUCCCUCUAAUAUCGGCUACCGCCCCGGGGACAUGGCUCUUCUGGGUCUGGUCAUGGCUGCUCUGCUCGUCCUCUGCCUCAUCGUGAUUGGCUUUCUGGUUUCCCUCUUGUUGAAGGGAAACAGCAGUGUGAGAAAUUUGUGUGAGUGUCUGAGCCCCUGUCUAAAGUCGGCACUGCCCCGCAGUGGACACCGAGACUCCCUACAGUUCACCAAUAAUGGUUUCCAGACUGAGGGCGACCAGAGUCGGCGCUGCAACAACUCCAUACCACGACGUAGCACCUUCCCGCAGGCAGGGGGCAGAGUCCUUCCUUUGGAGAGGCGGAGUCACUGCUCCUCCUGCGGCGUCUACAACAACCACAUCCCGAAGGGUAGCCCCUCAGCCUGGCAGGCCAGGAAGGACAGAGAAGAUGAAGACGAGUACGAUAAGAGGAUGAAGCAGAGGAGGAGGCAGGGACAGAAGACGGUGUGGUUCAAGGAGAGCAAGGACUCCUCGGACAUCGAGGUGGAGAUCAUUCCAGACACCGUGGGUCGGGUUGAGGAGGAAACUGAGGAGGAGCUAGAGGGGGAGAUGGCUAUGGAAGAUGUGGUGAGAGACCCUGCUGCUCCACGGAGGGAGUCUGAGGAUGAGCAGGAGAACCUGAACACGGAGCCCGAGGAGGAGGAGGAGGAGGAGGAGAAGAAGGGCUGUAAGGUCACAAACAAAGACAAAGAGGGACAGGAGGGCUGACUGUGGAGGUCAAAGGUCAACCUCAAGUCAGCAGAACAGCAUUUGUGUCGACACAGUCCAGGUGGACACUUCUGUUCAUCACUGAAUAAAACUUUACCAACAGAGAGUCCAGAACAUUCUUUGUGACCGUGAGUCUUCAGGGUUUUGAAGACACGACUGACUUCUUGAACAUUUCUAUUAGCCGAGCUCCAGAGACAGCUAAGUCUGGACACGACCUGUGUCCCAUCAGUGGCUGUCAGGGCCAAGAGCUACGAGAAACAGUUUGGUGUUGAAUUCACUGUAUCAUCUGAACAUUAACAACAGUUAAGACAUUCUUUAAUCUCACCUAAGUCCACACAACGUGCUAUUCUCUCUUUGUACUUCAAUACAAAUGUUCAUUUCCUGCCCACACACACACUGUGAAGAGACAUUAUUAAUAAUUACAUUUAUUUUCCAUUUUUUUAACUCCCAAACACUGUUCCGUGGCACACUAGUGUGCCGUAGAAAAUUAUCAAAUGUCACUUAGUCGUCACAUAACUAUUGUUUUUAUUUAUUGCAAAUAUGUUUUUUCGUUCGUCAAUGCGUGACAGACAGAGCAAUUAAAUCCUCUUCUGCUAGGUGGCAGCAGAUGGCUAUUAAACUUUUUUUUUUAAAUCAGAGCUGUUGAAGAUCUUUGUUAGUGUCUUUCUUUAAUUCCUGCCAGUGUUGUCUUCAACUAAACAGGCUGAUGUCUCUCCUCAAACAGCGCCACCAUCUCUGCUGUACUUUUGUCGUCUUGUUCUCUUAUGUGCUGCAGCUCAGUGUUGGGCUACAGUUCUGUAGGCUCUGAUAACAACUGAAGUAUACAGGUAACAAACCCAAAGCAAGAUUAAAGCCUCCAUUUGUGCCACUAAAAAAAA